CCACCCCAUACUUUUAUCUACUCAAUUCCUCCCUCUUCCUCCUGUUCACGUAUACACUGUCACUCACACGUACACACAACCCACACACUUCAAAAUGCCUCGCCAACAACGCCGUGCCGCUCCCACCCCUGCGCGUAGCGCUCCCACUCGCCCUACCGCGGCCCCUGCCCGGCCUGCCGCGCCUGCUCCCCAGCAGUCGCAGCCUCACUCAACCGCCGCCUAUCCCCACCAGGCCGCUCCUCCUAUGCAGCACGCCGCUCCCGUCCAGCAGAGCUCUGGCGGUGGCUUCCUGAGCCAGGUUGCCUCGACCGCUGCUGGUGUCGCUGCCGGUCACGUCGCUGCUACCGGUAUCAGUAACGCUCUGGGCUGGGGCUCUAGCUCCCACGCUGCCCCCGCUGAGCAGGCUGCUCCCGCUCAGAACCAGGCUAUGGACAACGGUCUGUGGCAGAGCAACGCCACCCAGCAGUCCUGGGAGACCCCAGCUUGCGAGACUGACAUCCGCAACUUCCGCCGGUGCAUGGACGAGAACAAGGGUGAUAUGUCUAUCUGUGGUUGGUACAUGGAUCAGCUGAAGGCUUGCCAGGCUGCUGCUAAGCCCUACUAAGCGUUUUCUCCAGCCAAGGGCUGGAAAAUGGGCUGAAGGGGGGUCUCUUGAUUACGGCCGUGCUAUCUUCGUUUCCUUUACUUUUAUUUAAAAUACGUGAGCGGGUUCUUAUGGGAUCGCUCUUUGGAUGUAAUCAUCUUGCAUUGCGACUUUGAUAUCGCCCUCUGUACUCUAUACCAUCUCUCCUCGUUAUUGAAAUCAAAUCAUUAUUCGUGGUCUGCACCCCUGAGCUGAUGGCAGAAAUUGUCCACUCGGGGGCAGAACAUGGAACAAACGAAGAAUCUCUUGAC